AGGAUGGAUUAGGAUCCAGCCAUCAUCACCUCCACAUUAUUAAGAAUCUCUCUUCUUGCUCGUGUUAGCGUAUAUAAAACCACUAGGCAUAUUCCGAAAAGGAUUCAAACAAAACGGAGUUAUCAAUGGAGAGUGAAGGAAUAACAAAGGAAGAAGAACUUCUUAAUAGAGGUCCAUGGAAACCAGAAGAAGAUUUACUUCUUACUAGAUACAUUGAGACCUGCGGUGAGGGAAAAUGGGCUACUGUUUCUAAGAGAUCAGGUCUUAUGAGAGGUGGAAAGAGUUGUAGAUUAAGAUGGAAGAAUUAUCUUAGACCAAAUCUAAAACGAGGCGAUAUGUCAGAGGCAGAAGAAGACCUUAUCAUUCGCAUGCACAAACUUCUUGGCAAUCGGUGGUCAUUGAUAGCAGGCCGGUUGCCGGGUAGAACAGAUAAUGAAGUUAAGAAUUAUUGGAACACACAUUUAACCAAGAGGGAGAUCAUUCAACAUGCCAAACCAGAUGUACCCAUGUCCAAGAGAAGAAAGCUACUUGAUCACUCAGCAGACAAGGACAGUACUGAAUCCACCUGCGACGACCAAAGUCCUAAUAGCAAAACUAAUGACGAGUCAGUUAAUGAAACAGAAAGAAGCACCGUAAAUGGAGUAACAGACGACGAAAGCAAAGUUACAAUGAGUGAAGUGGUUUCUCAUUCCUGGAUGGAUCAUAUGAAGUGCGGCAGCAAUAAUGAUAUGCAAUCUCAUUGGUUCCCGAUGGAUGGGAAAUUCUUCGAUGAACCGUACUUGACAUCUCUUGACUCGAUGUAUUUUCUCGAUUCAUAUUAUGGAGUUGGUAUAGAGAACUACUCUUGGACUGAAUCUUUUACGUACGGUUUGGACGAUCUGUACCCGAUUUCAUAUAGUUAGAUUCUAGAUAUGUUCUUGGUUAGUGUUUUUUUACUUUCUUGCAAAGGUCUUCCUAGUGUCAAUUUGUUUAAUUAUGGCUUUUUUAGAGUUAAUGAUCAUGUCUUUGAAUCUAUAUUGUUUGUGUACGUAACUAUCUUUAGUCAUGAACUAAGAUGGUGAUUAGAUGUAAUAAAGAAGAAUCUCAACUUUUCA